AUGCCAACAAAAGGUGCCGAGAAAAAAACGAGUCAACCGGCUGCCGUUGGAGCUCCCAUCCAACGACGUCUUAGUCAAAUGCCUCGUCAGUCAAUAAUAGCAGGCUUUCGGGAUGAUGAGCAAGACUAUGGUAAUAUGCCUGAUCUGUCAGAUGAAUCACUUCGACCUGUUCGUCCAGAUGAUCAAUUAAGACUGACCGAUGCCGAAUUAAAUGAAGAACAUACACGAAUUCUUACGGCACGUAACCCACAAGCAGCGGAAAAUAUUGUUCGAUUUAGUUAUAAAGAACGAACAUUUAAACCUAUUCCACAAGUUGAUCAAUUAGCUGUUCAUUUUCAACUUGAUGGUAAUCUUAUUCAUAAAGAUUCUGAAGAAGGAAAACGACAAUUAGUUCGAGAUAAUGGAGUAGACCAUACAUUUGACGAAGUUGAAACAACAACACCCGUUGUUACUGAACGAGAAACAACAAAGGAAGGUGAAGAUGAAGAUGAAGAAAAACCCAAAAAAUCUACUGGAGCUGGUAGUAAAGGAAAAAAACUUACAAAUCAAUUUAAUUUUAGUGAACGAGCAUCUCAAACAUAUAAUAAUCCAUGCCGAGAUCGUGAAACAUUUGUCGAACAAACACCACGUGUUAUUAUUACUGAUAAUGUUUCACAAUGGUCAAUUUUUGAUGCUUAUAAUGAAGAUUUCGAUCAACAACAAAAAGCAAAAGAAAAAGAACACAAAAAAGUUUUAGUAAAAAAAGAUGAUGAACGUAAAAAGAAAUUUGUUGUUGCUGAACAAACAGGUGAUGAUAUGGCUAAAUUAGCUCGAUCAAAAUCAGCUAGUAUAUCACUUAAAAUACUUGAACGAAUGAUUAAUCAAAACACAUUUGAUGAUAUCGCACAAGAUUUUAAAUAUUGGGAAGAUGCAGCUGAUGAAUAUCGUGAACAAGAAGGUAGUCUUUUGCCAUUAUGGGUUUUUCAAAAUGAUUUAACAAAAAAACUUGCUUGUACAAAUUUGGCUUGGAAUACGCAUUUUACAGAUUUAUUUGCUGUUUCAUUUGGUUCCUAUGAUUUUCUUAAGCAAAGUCGUGGACUGUUUUUAAUUUAUUCAUUAAAAAAUCCAAGUUUUCCAGAGAAUAUUUUUUUAACUGAUACUGGUGUUAUGUGUUUGGAUUUUCAUCCAAAUCAUCCGAAUUUACUGUCUUGUGGAUUUUAUGAUGGUUCAGUUGCUGUUUAUAAUAUAGCUGAUGAAUAUAAACGACCAAAAUAUCAAAGUACAGCACGCAAUGGUAAACAUACAGAUCCUGUUUGGCAAGUACGCUGGCAGAAAGAUGAUUUGGAUGGAAAUCUUAAUUUCUAUUCAAUAUCGUCGGAUGGUCGUAUUGUUUGUUGGACUUUAGUUAAAAGUGAUUUAAUGUAUACCGAUGUUGUUCAAUUAAAAUUGGAAAAACCAGCAACUGAACCCGAUGAAGGAAUUCCAUUAGCAGCACUUGGAUGUGGGACAUGUUUUGAUUUUAAUAAACAACAAGAUUAUUUAUUUAUUGCUGGUACAGAAGAAGGAAAAAUUCAUAAAUGUUCAAAAUCAUAUAAUAAUCAAUUUUUGGAUACAUUCGAUGCACAUCAUAUGGCUGUUUAUUCUGUACGUUGGAAUACAUUUCAUCCAAAAAUCUUUAUUAGCUGUUCAGCUGAUUGGACUGUUAAAGUUUGGGAUAUUAAUUUUAAAGAUCCAUUAUUUGUCUAUGAUCUUGGCAGUGCAGUUGGUGAUGUCUCAUGGGCACCUUAUUCAUCAACAGUAUUUGCUGCAUGUACAGCUGAUGGAAAAGUUUAUGUAUUUGAUUUAAAUGUUAAUAAAUAUGAACCACUUGCUGAACAAAUAGUAGUACAAAAGAAACGUACAAAAUUAACACAUAUUAUAUUCAAUCAACAUUUUCCAAUAAUACUUGUUGGUGAUGAUCGUGGAAAUAUAACAUCAUUAAAACUUUCACCAAAUUUACGUAAGAAACCAAAAGCUAAAAAAGGUCAAGAAAUACCCGAAGGACCCGAAGCUGAAAAUGCUAAAUUAGAUAAAAUUCUUGCAUUAAUUCGAGAUCCUGAUGAAGCAAAAAAUAAAUCACUACCAGCGUCACAAACAAAUACAGUGCCAACUACAACCGCCAAUUAA